AUGACAGCCGACCGCAUCCUCCACCUCCUUCGCUCGCCGGUGGCCUCCCCGGCGGCAACGCACCGCCGGGGCCCUCUCCGACCGCAGCGCGUCGGCCUUCCAUCAGGCAAGCGGCGCGUUGCCGUGGCUUGUUCCAGCUCCACCGAGGAGGACGGCAUGACUGACAAGGAUGCCGGUGUGGACAUCGACGCUGGCACCGAGGAGGACGGCAUGACUUACAAGGAUGCCGGUGUGGACAUCGACGCUGGCACCGAGCUCGUGCGCCGCAUCCGCAAGAUGGCCCCCUGGAUAGGCGGCUUCGGCGGUCUCUUAGCCUACAAGGAUGAUUACCUUGUACUUAGCACUGAUGGUGUUGGGACAAAGCUGAAGCUUGCAUUUGAAACUGGUAUUCAUGAUACAGUUGGGAUUGACCUGGUAGCUAUGAGUGUCAAUGACAUCCUAACUUCAGGUGCAAAACCAUUGGCCUUCACAGAUUACUAUGCUACGAGCAAGCUUGAUGUUGAUCUUGCAGAGAAGGUUAUCAAUGGAAUUGUGGAUGGAUGCAAACAAGCAGGCUGUAGACUGGAAGGAGGAGAGACAGCAGAGAUGCCUGGAUUCUAUGCAGAAGGUGAAUACGAUCUAAGUGGUUUUGCUGUGGGUGCUGUGGAGAAGGAUAAGGUCAUCGACGGUAAAAACAUUGUGGAGGGAGACAUCCUCAUUGGUCUUCCUUCAAGUGGGGUUCAUUCAAACGGGUUCUCUCUCGUUAGAAGAGUAUUGGACAAAAGUGGACUCUCUUUGAGUGAUCAGCUCCCAGGAAAUGAUGGCAAAACAACUACCAUUGGUGAAGCUCUCAUGACACCAACUACCAUCUAUGUUAAGCAGGUGCUUGAGAUUAUCAGCAAGGGUGGUGUAAAAGGACUAGCCCAUAUUACUGGUGGUGGCUUCACCGAUAAUAUCCCGAGAGUAUUUCCAAAAGGACUUGGGGCAAAGAUCUUUACUGGAUCGUGGAAAGUGCUACCUGUGUUCAAUUGGCUUCAACAGGUUGGAAAGAUUGAAGACUCGGAGAUGAUGCGAACGUUCAAUAUGGGCGUCGGAAUGGUCCUUGUAGUAAGCAAGGAGGCAGCAGACAGAAUUAUCGAAGAAGCAAGUCCUGCCUAUCGCAUUGGAGAGGUGAUCCAGGGCAAUGGUGUUCACUAUGUCUGA